AUGCAGGGAGGGGAUGUGGAGUUCCUGUUUGGCAAGCUGGGAACGCAUGCCAGGAUCGCAGGCGCCACGCUGCGGCUCAAGGACGCUUUUGAGAGCGACCGCUUCGGCCGCAAGGUGGUUGUGGAGGCGACCUCCCGCCGCAUCGCCGCCUCCGCCAUGUCGGCGCUCCUCUUCCAGCUGUGCCUGCUCUUCCGGGUGCCAACGCCGCUGGAUGAGUCCAAGUGGCGCUACCUGGGGAAUGUGGGGCUUCAGAAGGGCGAGGUGCAGGGCCCUGUUGCGUACAAGUCCUUGGUCAGGUGGCGGGAGAAGGGUCAGCUGGACGAGGAUGAGCUGCGGUGCCAGCACGAGGCGACGCGCUGCUGGGUGCCCCUCUGGUUUGUGGUGGCGGCGGGGGAGAAGGUUGCGCUGGAGGAGUGUGCUCCUGAGAGCGGCGACGAUGUGUCCAUGGAGGAUGCUGAGCAGCUGGUGGCCGACCUCAACUCGCAGCGCAGCACGGGGGGCAUGCUGCAGCCGCCCCGCGGCGACGGCCACCUGGCCGACUUCCCAUGGCUGUCGGAGGAGCAGGCGGCGGAGCCCAUGGACAUCGAGCCGGGCGACGGCGGCGCGCCGCAGGAGGGGGCUCGCCUGUUUGUGGUGGUGGACACAAACGUGCUCAUGUCCCACAUCGACAGCGUGACCAAGACGCUGGAGGAGUAUGGGGCAGCCGCCACGCAGGCCAGCGGGGAGGGGAAGCCUGUCGUGGAGGUGCUGCUGCUGGUGCCCUGGAUUGUGCUGUGCGAGCUGGACCUCCUCAAGGGCAGCAACCGCAGGGAGCAGGCGGGGUCGGCCCGCCGCGCGCUGCGCCGCCUGCACGCCCUGACCAGCAUGCGCGACAGCUUUGUGAGGCUGCAGCCGGCCAAGGAGCACGCGCAGGCUGUGCAGCGGGAGCCCAUCCCAGGAGCAUCACCACAGCUGCGGAAUGAUGACAUGAUCCUGCAGACGGUGCUCUUUUACAGAGCAAACAUAGUACACGGCCUGAGAGCGGCGGGGCGGCGGUCGGGCGCCUUCCUGCUGUCGAAUGAUAGCGGCCUCGCCGUGCGGGCCCAGGCCAACGGUGUGCGGUGCUUCACGGCGCUGGAGUUCCCGAGGGGUGCGGAGCAGCUGGCUCAGGCGGUGCCGGAGGAUGGUGAUGCGGGGCCUGUCACCAGCGGCGGCACCGGGCAGCAACCGGGACUGGUGCCGCCGGGCAGCGGCCGCCAUUCCCUCGACUCGCAGCCAGCGGGCGUCCUACCCGGGGCCUCCUCUGGCGGGAGCCUGCACCUGCAGGGCUCCGGCUCGCUGCCGCAACCUGCAUCGCCAGCGCAGCAACCGCCUCUGCCUCAUUCGCAGCCACCGCGUGCCGCCCACCUUGCGGCGGCAGCAGCGCCUCACCAGCAAGCGCAGGCGCAGCAGCUGACGGAGCAGAUGCGCCAGCUGCAGAUGGCAGGGCAGCAGGCUGCGGCGGCAUCCCUGCAGCAGCAGCAGCAGGCUGCGGCGGCAUUCCAACAGCAGCAGCAGGCCGCGGCAGCAUUCCAGCAGCAGCAGCAGCAGGAGCAGGCUGCGGCGGCAUUCCACCACCACCAGCAGCAGCAGCAGCAGCAGCAGGCUGCGGCGGCAUUCCAGCAGCAGCAGCAGCAGCAGCAGCGUGUGCAGGCCACCACAGCGCAGCAUCCUGCGGCCGUGCUAGGAGCGCUCCAAAAGGCUUUCAUCGAGCGGGACGCUGAGCUGGGGAUCAUGGCAGGAGCGCUGGGAGUGCCUCUUGAGCAGCUGCUAUCGGCUGUGGCUGCACACGUGGGCAUGCCGCUGCAGCAGCUGGCGAGGGAGCGGCAGCAGGCGUUGGCGGGUGGGCCGGUCAGCCCCCAGCUGUUGCAGGCGGUGCGCCUGGUGGACCGCGCGCGAGGCGACCCACAGCUGGCAGCGACGCUGCUGCAGGCGCAGGCGCAGGCGCAGCACCUGGCAGAGCUGCAGCAGCGGGCGCUGGGCAGCCAGCAGGAAGCCCUUGCUCAGCUGGGCCCCAACCUGCAGGCUCUGGCGCUGCUGCAGGGCCAGCUGCAGGCUGCCACGGCCGGGCUGGGCAGCAACGGCGGCAGUGCCGGUGGCGGCGGGGGCUUGAUGCCUGGCAUGCAGGCGCAGCAGGGAGGCCCGCAGCGGGGCGGGGCAGUGGCAGCGCUCUGGUGGGCACGCCGGCGGCUUGCUGCGGCAGCAGCGGCCGCCAAUUUUUUGGAGGACCGGCGGCGGGGGGUGGAGGAGUUGUGGGCACCCUGGGUGAUGCACCACCGGCAGGAGGAGCGGGGGGACAGGGGGCUGGAGACCGGCGAGGAUCGAGAGGGGCUCCCUGGGGAUGCGCGCAGCACGCUGAGGGCCAUCUUCAAGCACAAAACAUCUUCAACUUGGGGCUUGCUGGAGAAGGAUCUGGUGGAGAAGGAGCUGACUCAGCUGGAGCGGUACCUGAAGGAUAGCAGACCGGCGGAAGUGAAUGGCGUCACUAAGGCCGUGCACGCGGUGCUGGCAGUGCUGCGCCAGUUCCACCACGCUGCCCUCAAGUCGCUGGGGGGAGACCCAAAGCCUGGUGACAAGCCAGACCCGGCUACCAUUGAGUUGUUUGUGAGCCUGGAGGAGGCGAGGGCGGCGGCGGAGCGGGGCAUCCAGCGCUGCUCCCAGCUGCUGGAUCGCCUCCAGCCGGCAGGCCGUGCCGAUGCGGCGCUGCCCAGCCACCACUCGCUGGGGCAGCAGUGA